AUGAGUUGUAUACCGAUGGUAUGGUCUCCGAGUACAUCUGACGAACUAAGUUCAACCUUUAUCGUUUGUAUUGUUGCUACCGUGGUUCACACUCUGUUCUGGAUUGCAAUUUUUGGCUUUCCUUCGUUAAAACAGAGAACUAUGCUUUGGCUGUAUGAUUAUCUGCUUUGUGAUCUGCUUUUACUUAUACGAUUUUUCCUACUUUAUGGUAUGCGUCGAGAACAACUAUGUGUGAAUCCAACAUUCCGAACAGUUCUAUGCUAUUACGAAGCAUCGUCCAAAUUCUAUAUGAACACUGUUCAAGCUUAUCUUCUACUUGCAUUAACUACUUCUCGGUAUUUCCAAAUCGUCUACAAUCGAAAUGUUUACAUAGAAAAUGUUCGCUCGAUUAUUAUCAGUCAUUUUCUGAUUUUUGUCCUUCCGGCUGUUAAUGUUGCCGUACAAUUUUUGGCAGGUUGGACCCUCCUAUGGCGUCGAACAGGUUCCUCUUGCGACAUUCAAUAUGUAUCAGUAUUUGUACAAAUAUUCAAUCUGCUCACAAUCUAUAUCAUUCCUAUCACAACCAAUCUUCUUCUUCUAACCCUCUGUAUUCGCCAUGCAAGCUCGACUCGAGGUAUACAGAGCGAACAAAUCAUUAUUCUUCGCCGGAAGCACCAACGAACACUUCUGUACCCAACAGUCGCAUUCUAUUCGAUCUGGUUAGCUUUGUGGAGUCCGUAUGUUUUAGCAUUUCAAUUCAUAAACAUUAAUAGUGAUUCGGGAACUUAUACGUCAUUGAUGAAUUAUGUGGAGAUCGCUGUAGAUCCGAUACUGAUCGCGAUACUUGACGUUCGCUUUUUGAAAGCAUGGCAAACAGCCUGGCAAAGAAUUCGAGGCCGACGGCAAGUCAUUGUUGCACCUGUGGCACAGAAAAUAAAAACGGUCAUGUAG